AUGGUUUCUAAAUUUCUAAAGUCCACCAUCUUCAGUAGAUUUAGGGUACCUAAAGUGCUAAUCAAUGAUCACGACACCCACUUCUGUAACAAGUUGCUUAAUAACUUGUUGGCAAAAUAUAGGGUUUCCCACAGAGUGUCCACCCCUUAUCAUCCUCAAACAAGUGGUCUAGCUGAAGUAUCAAAUCGAGAGAUCAAGCGCAUCUUGGAAUGGAUUGUCAAGCCCUCUAACAGAGACUGGAGCCUGCGACUAGAUGAUGCACUGUGGGCCUACAGCACUGCCCACAAAACUCCAAUUGGUAUGUCAUCGUAUCAGAUCAUCUAUGAACUUGAAGAAAUACGGUUAGCUGCCUACAACAGCUCAGACAUCUACAAGCAGAAAACCAAGCUUGUCCAUGAUGCCAACAUCUUGAGAAAGAAGUUUAAGGAUGGUGAUAAGGUGUUGAGGAUGAUAGAGCUCAAGGAGAAGGCCACUGGUAAAAUGUUUCAGUACAAUGAUCAUCUCCUCAAGGUCUAUGAAGAGCCCGCACUGCCUUCUUAA